UGUGUUUUCUGCAAUGGACGACAGUCCCCGCGGGGGAGGAUGAUGACAAGUGGAGCAUAAGAAGUCUCCCCCCACCAAUCCUCGAAUUUGAGCCUUAGCAGCAGCAAGAAAAAAAAGGAGAGGCGGGGGGUUUGGUGACAGUGGAAGCCCCGCCCGCCGCCUGAGUAGGGGGGGCAUCCUCCCCCCCGCCAAAGAGCUGGUCUGGCUUCUCUCUUUCUCUCCCCCAGCCACCCAGCCACCCACUCCCUUCCCUCUCCCUCACCAACACGCAAGUCUUUUGCGCUCCCUCAUGCAGACAGACAGGGAGACAGAAGAUGGCUGACUCGCCGGGGCAACCCACAGUCCAGUCCAGCCCGCCCGCAUCCCCGGUCCUCCCAGAGCCGCUUUCUCCUUUGACACUCGCUGACGCCUUCGCCCAGCACUGAAAGCCUCCGCCGCCCAUCCUCCCUCCCUCCCUCGCCACAACCUUCCCCCCAACCUCUCCCCAAAUAACACCAGCAGCCAUUUCAUCUCCACCAAAGUAGAUACACACGCACACGCACAAAAAAUGGCAGAAAUGGAGAAAGAAGGGAGACCUCCAGAAAAUAAAAGAAGCAGGAAACCGGCUCACCCCGUGAAAAGGGAAAUCAAUGAAGAGAUGAAGAACUUUGCAGAAAACACCAUGAAUGAGCUCCUUGGCUGGUAUGGUUAUGAUAAGGUUGAAUUAAAAGAUGGAGAAGAUAUUGAAUUCAGGAACUACCCUGCAGAUGGGGAGAGCCGACAGCACAUUUCUGUUCUCAAAGAAAAUUCUUUGCCAAAAACAAAAUUACCUGAAGACAGUGUUAUCUCAUCAUACAAUAUAAACACAAGCUAUCCAGGGCUUACAACAGGAAAUGGACUCGCAGACUCACCAGCAGGGUCAAAGGAUCAUGGGAAUGUACCCAUUAUCGUACCAUUAAUUCCACCACCUUUCAUAAAGCCACCAGCAGAAGAUGAUGUGUCAAAUGUACAAAUAAUGUGUGCCUGGUGCCAGAAAGUGGGAAUCAAGCGCUAUUCCCUGAGUAUGGGGAGUGAAGUGAAAUGCUUCUGUAGCGAGAAAUGCUUUGCAGCUUGCAGAAGAGCGUACUUCAAGAGGAACAAGGCUAGAGAUGAAGAUGGACAUGCUGAAAAUUUUCCCCUGCAGCACUAUGCUAAGGAAACUCCAAGACUUGCCUUCAAGAAUAACUGCGAACUACUUGUAUGUGACUGGUGUAAGCACAUAAGACACACAAAAGAGUAUCUGGAUUUUGGGGACGGGGAACGAAGGCUUCAGUUCUGCAGUGCAAAAUGUCUCAAUCAGUACAAAAUGGACAUUUUCUACAAAGAGACACAGGCCAAUCUUCCAGCUGGACUCUGCAGCACAUUAUAUCCUCCAGUCGAAAAUAAAGCAGAAGGCACUGGGGUGCAGCUGCUGACUCCAGAUUCUUGGAAUAUACCGCUAGCAGAUGCUCGGAGAAAAGCCCCAUCCCCAGUGUCUGCAGCUGGCCAAAUUCAAGGUCCUGGACCAUCAGCAUCUAUCACUGCCUCUCCGCCUGAUACUGCCAACUGUUCUGUCACUAAAAUCCCAACGCCUGUUCCCAAACCUAUUCCCAUCAAUGAGAAUCCAAAUAUGCCGCCAGUUUCUGUUCAGCCACCUGCUAGCAUUGUGCCUCCAAUUGGUGUCCCACCUCGAAGUCCUCCCAUGGUGAUGACAAACCGUGGGCCAGUUCCAUUGCCCAUAUUCAUGGAACAGCAAAUUAUGCAGCAAAUUCGUCCGCCAUUUAUUCGAGGGCCUCAUCAUGCCUCAAAUCCCAACAGCCCUCUGUCCAACCCAAUGAUUCCUGGAAUUGGUCCACCACCAGGUGGUCCCAGAAAUAUGGGCCCAACCUCUAGCCCUAUGCACAGGCCAAUGCUAUCACCUCAUAUUCAUCCUCCAACAACACCAACAAUGCCUGGAAAUCCCCCAGGUUUACUACCGCCUCCACCUCCAGGAGUACCUUUGCCCAGCCUUCCUUUCCCUCCUGUAAGUAUGAUGCCAAAUGGUCCUAUGCCCAUGCCACAGAUGAUGAACUUUGGCUUGCCAUCUCUUGCCCCAUUGGUGCCACCUCCAACCCUUUUAGUGCCAUAUCCAGUCAUUGUUCCUCUACCUGUUCCUAUCCCAAUUCCAAUCCCUAUUCCUCACAUCAAUGAUUCCAAGCCCCCAAAUGGCUUCUCCAGCAAUGGAGAAAGUCUCAUUCCAAGUACAUCUAGUGAUGCAGCUGGGGCAAAGCCAACAAACAACCCUCUGUCCCCCAGAGAUUCAAAACAAGGUCCUUCCAAGUCCUCUGAUUCAACACCAAGCUGUUCGAGCCAGUCCUUAAAUCAAACACAGGUACAUCAGGAGCACAGUAAAAAUGAAGUUGUUGAUUUGACUGUGAGACCUAGUAGUCCAGUGAACAACAAGUUUGAUUUUCCUACAGUACUACAGGGACCACAGGAUGGUGUGAUAGACUUAACUGUAGGACACAGGUCUAGACUACACAAUGUUAUCCACAGGGCUUUGCAUGCUCAAGUCAAAGUUGAACAUGAAUCCAGCAGUGUUGUAAAUCUGGCUUUUGGAAGCUCAGAUAAAAGGAACUGCAAUGACUGCAGGAACAAUUGCAGCCCCACCGAAACAAAAACAUUACCUUGUAGCAACCCAACUCACUGUGGCCCCACCGCACUGGCCUCUGGCACAUCAGAAAAUAAUGCCACUGCAGUUUGCAAUGUCAUUGUGAAUGGCACAAAGGGCCCAGAGGUCUCAGAGCAGCCCCAAGAUCAGAAGAAGUCUCAGCCACCAGAGGAAUUGCCAGUGAGUGAGCUAGAAUCUGUGAAGGAGAACAACUGCACAUCAAACUGCCACCGAGAAGGAGAUUCUGGUAAGAAGACUGGGGAAGAGCCCCUGUUUGGGGGAGACAAGCAAGAUCCCAACCUUAACAAUCCUGCAGAUGAGGACCAUGCUUACGCAUUGCGGAUGCUACCCAAGGCAGGCUGUGUCAUCCAGCCUGUGCCAAAACCAGCAGAAAAGACUGCUAUUGCACCAUGUGUUAUCUCAGCGCCAAUUCUCAGCACAGGGCCAGAAGAUCUGGAGCCACCACUGAAAAGGAGGUGUCUCCGAAUUCGAAAUCAGAAUAAGUAAAGGAAUGCUCACUUUGACAGGGUAUCUUGCAUGGAGAAAGGGAGCAAACCAAUCUACAUCACCAAAUGCACCAGCUGGUUCACUUACUAACUCUUCUGGUUAAAAGUCAAGUUGACAAAAGUUCCCACCAUUCAUUUUCUCAGAGGGAAGGCUCAAACCCUUGGGUGCCUUUGGCUCAGAAGACCAUAAGCACAUCACGGAUCCCAUGAAGUAUGCUCAGCAUUCCUACUACCAUCUCCCCUUCUCCCUUUUAGUUUCUUGCCGAUGGGAGGCUUUUCUUCUGGUUUGUAAAGCCACAUGGACCAAUGUAUGUACUCUUUUCCUCACUGACUUCAAGGUUCAGAUAUUGGAGGCUGGACAGUGAAAUGGAUUUUUUUCAGAAAAAAACUGCUGUGGUUUUGCUGCUACACUAAGAAUUGUGAUUUGCAUUGUAUGGUUUUGGACCUAUUCGCGUUUUUGAUGGUGGGGGGAAGGGGUUAUACUGGAGUAUUGGUACUUCAGAAUCAUCUCUCUCUCUCUCUGUCCUUCCCAUGAUGCACUUUUAAAUGAAGAGUUAUUAGAAUAUUUUAAUGGCUAAUAUACUUUGGUUCUUGUUAUUUUUUACGAAGGCCACCUUUAUUCUUUUUAAUGCCAUAUUUUCAGUGUUACACUUUUAUGGCUUUUAAUUUUUUUAUUUGAAAGAUGUAAGAAGCAGCAUGAAUAGUUUAUACUGUGGUUUUUCAGAGACUGAAUGCCAAGAGAACUCAGUAAAUGUUUAUUCCUCUCAGCUUUCUCUUUCAAUUCCCCUAAAUAGCGCCCCAUUUGGGAACAGAGCAAGAGUGUUGAACUAAAGACCAAAAAUAGAGAUCCCCUCAAGGUGUAAAACUAUCUGGGGGAAAUAUUUGCUGGGUGUUAUGAAAGACUUGGAUGAAAUUUCAACCCUGAUGGUUUUUCAGUGAUCCAGGAAGCCAGUGAGACAAUCUCUCCAGAUGCAGAGCCCUUUCAUGAUAAUUAGAAAGGUAUGGCCAAGCCAAUGAAAACACGGGGUAAAGUGAGAAGAGAACCCCUAUGAUUCUGUUUCACUGUUUGCUUUCUCCUGUCAUGGUUAAAAGAAAUGUGCAAUUUGAUCCUCAGUCAGUGGGUGGAGGAUAACAGGGUAGAAUUUACUUGUGUGCACUUGUAUAGUUGUAGCCACGAGUCCAAAAGUACACUAGAGCAUGUAUGCUGGCACUGAUUUGGUAAAACAAUUGUGGAUUAUCCCAUUCUGACAAAAUACUAAGGAAAAAAAGAAAAAUGUUCAAAUCACCUUGUGAUCCAGUGUAACUGUUUACUAACUUGAAUAAAGCAAUUGUUCACACGAGAAUACCCGAAGCACACCUUUACUGUAUGGCUGUUGUAAUGAGCAACCAGAAAGCAGUUUGGGAUGGAGGUGCUUCAUGGAGCUCAGAGCCGGGUUUGAAAAGCCAAUCAAAACACAGCCUUAUAGCAAUGGUGAACUGAGGGCAUUGUGUACAUACUGUAUUUCUAUAUUUUCCUUUGUACAGAUUCACUUAAGUCAAGCUACUGUUUUACAGGUGCUCCUUAUUUAUUAGGGCUGUGAAAGCUUGGAAAAUUACACCCAACAAGCAAGCUCGCUUUUUAAAAAAAAGAAAUGAAAAAAAUUUAAAAGGUGGGGGGAGGGCACGAGGGUGGGAGGGUAGGAUGAGCUCAUAAGCCUACCAAGUGAUUUCAAAACCUUACACAGACAAAUUUCUAUGGGUAGAGGGUGGAUGAAGCACUUUUAAGAGGCUUCUGGUUAUUCUGGGCUCACACCAUUUUUUUCUUCCUGACUGGUGUCAGAUUUAUUAAAAUAAAUAAAUCUCCAAGUUUGAAAAACAUAUUUAA